UGACUAUAUCAUGGCUACGGGGCCAGCAGAGGUCACACAGUCACAUGAAACAGGAGAGACAGUUGAAGAGUGCACAGGAAAGAAAAAAUCCAAAUUUCAGACUUUCAAGAACUUCUUUGCCAAGAAGAAAAGGAAAGAGCCUCCGCCUCCCAGGAGGGAGAGUAAUUUAAAACCUAGCCAGUCCAGCAGCGAUGUCAGCAUCAAUGUGCUCGACACUACUGCACUUCAUUCACCAAAGGAGGUUGGGCCCAAAGGAAGCAUGGGAAACAAAGCCUUGUCCCAUGACAGCGUCUUCAUUUUUGAGUCUGCACCAGGAAGUGUGGCAGGUGACAUGUCAUCCCAGGAAAACAUACCUGGAAGAGUGAAAACUUUGCAGCUUCAGUUGCAGCAGAACAUCAGACUUGGGUCACCUCCUCUUGUUAUAACUGGAAAGAAACUGGAAGAUGCAGGUGCCGUUUCUGAAGAUGAUGGUUUACCUAGAAGCCCUCCUGAAAUUUCAACCCUUCAUGAAGUUCUGACAGAUUCACCAAGCAAGUCCUCCAACCCCGUUCAGCGUCAUAGCUCUUUGAGUUUAGGCGGGACAGACAGUGAAGAUGAACAGCCUGCCAGUCCCCUCGGCUGCCUGGACACCUCAGCAGCCAGGCACAGGAUUGCCAUAAACCCCCGGAAACAGAAAGGCUUUACCAACAAGAAUCAGCAAACCCCCCAGGUGGAAGAGCUGGAAAAUGAAUCAUGUCUUCCUGCAACUCCACAAAAGAAGGGAAAUUCAACAGAAUCACUUGAGAGUGACCAGCAUAAAAAUGAUUGGGAAGGAUUAUCAGCUCAGGUGGAAUAUUGUGCAAAGGGAGGUGGUUCUAAGGAGACACCAAGUAUAAAAAGUCCCACUGAUGCUGCCCAUGACUCUUGUGAUUCCACACUUGCAGCAGAAGACUCUUGUGCUUUGCCGCAAGAGGAUGCAUGCCUUCCAGACAUGGACCAUCACUAUAAAGCAGCUGCACCCCUUCUGAGACCUGAGCCUUCUGCAGUGAACCUUGAGGAACACCAUAGUGCAAAAGUGUCGUACUGUUCAGAUGAGUCAUCUGAUGAAUUGAAAUUACAUCAGCAAAAUACCAAUACUGUAGUAUCUGCACUUCCAAAAUUGCAACAAAUUGAAGGAGAAACUGUUGUGUUUCCAGACAUACUAGCAGCUGACUUGUUUAGCAAUGGUGUGGAAACAGAGGGCAUAGAUAUAUUGGCAGAUGUUGCACAAAGGUCCUCAGUAAAUUCUGUAGAUCCAGACAUUCAAGACCAGGAAAAGGGAGAUCCACUGUUUAUUGGCAAAGUAGAAGCCUGCUUGGGUACUAUUGAGAAUCAUUCCAACCAUGCUGCCUCAGAUACUCCACCAAGCACCUCACAGGUUGCAGCAGCCAAUUCAGAGUUGUCUUCUGACAUCAAGACAGUGGCUGUUUUGAAGCCUAAAAACAGUUCAGUAACAAGAAAUGACAAAGAAACUUGUGAAAUAAUGGAAUUUCAGUCAUCCAAAGGCAAUGUAGAAAAAAAAAUAGACACUGCUGCAUCUGUCUCAGAAGCAGGUUGCAUGCUACCUCCCAGUAAAUUGGAAGUAUGUUUUAAAGCAGAAACUGUUUCUGUUUCGAAGGGUAACCAAGGCAGUCAACAGGCCCACGCAUCAUACAUUUCUGAAAAACUUUCCAUUGGAUGUCUUGCCUCUUCAAGUUUGGCUGGCUUGAAGAGUAAUAUCUCAUCUGAUGAUGACGGUAAGGAGUACCAGAUAAGCAGUACAGCUUCUCACAGAAAAACAGUGGAAGACAGUCAAUCUUCAGAUGAAAAUGUGAAAAGUCCACUGAAGACUGCUUCUGCUAAACCAGUCAGAUUUACCAUUGCACCAGCAUGGCAAAGAUCUCUCUCAGGGGGGUCAAAUUCAAAGGAAGAUUCCUAUACCAGAAGCUCCCCAACGUCCCCUAUAAGACCAGAGUUGUUUGAAGGAAUGACAAAAGAACACACACGUUUUGAUGCAGUCAUCCAGGAAUCAGCAAAAACCAACUCAGAUAGAUUUGAUCGAGAUUGUAAGGACAGUGAUUUGCAUUUGAAUUCUUCUAUGGAGUGGGCUGACCAUGAAGCACAAAAUGUUGAAAACCCAUUUGGGGUUAGACUGAGGAGAACAUCCUCUUUACUAAAAUACCAGAAUGAAAGCCGUGCUGAGACUCCAAAGCUGAUCCCCUCAGCUGUUCCCACUGUUGCUUCUGCUUCAGUCAAGGAGGAUCAGAAAUUGGUGGGCACUGGGAAACCACCUCCAGGACUUCCUGUCAGCACAAAAUCAUUUGUUAAAAAAACAGAUCUCCUAGAAGACAAAAAUCCUCCCAAGACAAGAUCAGAAGAAAUGGCAAAGAAGCAAAACUCUGAACCAGCUUGGAUCUCCAUGGCAAAAUUAAAACAAAAGGGUUUCCAGGACCACCCUCUUGCCAAAGGACAUAAAGCUGAACACAAAGCUUUGACCAAAGUGGAUCAAGAGGAGGUAGAGUAUCAACAAGGGAUCUGUGCUAGUGAGAACAUACCGAAGAAGAAUCUGCCUUCCAGCUUGAGCUCUCAGGACAAGAAAACCCAAAUGAAGACCAGUGUGUCUGCUGCAGCAGGUAUUCUCUUUCUUUACAUCUUUACCCCGGCUGAACCACCGUGGCUAUCCCUGGCCAAGAAGAAAGCCAAAGCGUGGAGUGAAAUGCCACAGAUUGUACAAUAG